AUGCAGUCCCUCUGCCUCUUGGGCCACGACGCCCAGGUUGUCGGCCCGCUCGUUCCCUUCACCGAGUGGGACUCGCUGUCCAGCGAGUGCCGGACCAUCCUGAGACUGGUCAUUGGACAAAUUUCGCACCCGACCACCGGCGAUCCCGGCAACAGUUCCGAGCUGGCACACAUGUACACGCACGCACCCUUGGGCAACGCAGGGUCCUACCUGCCGACCUGGACCUCCUCCGACUGGCCACACCGUGACUUUUAUUGGCGCAUUGGUGGCAACCUGCAGCCGCCCCGACGUAUUGCCAUUGCCAAUGCCCGUCGGAUUGCCCCAAUCACCAACUACCUGGCCGCGGCCUCGUCCACGUAUAUGAAGCUCCCGCAGGUGGUUGCCCGCGUCUGGCGCCGACGCCCGAUUGUCCCCUCCUGGCGCGAUGCCAGCGAUGUCUUCCCCUUCCGAGUGACCUAUGAUCUUGGUACACCUCGCGUGCCAUUUUGCCUUGUCUUCUUCCUCGCCCACAUUCUGCAUGUGGAGCUACUCCGGUGCCUGAACUCGGCCUCAUACGCCGAGGAGGGCAACGUCAUGACCGCCGGGGCCAUGAACACGGUCUCCCUCGCGCACUUUCUCCACACUUCAUAUGUCCUGAUGGAUGCCUGGCUGGCGGAGUUCCAGCUGGGCUUCCUCCAGGAAGCCGGCCCCGGCAGCCGCGGCCACGAAACCGCCGCCCUCUGGAGCGACCUGGAUGUCGGGCAGCUGGCCAGCACGCAUGCCGGAGCCCCGGGCCAGGCCGUCCGUUUCUAUGCAUCCGUCGCGGCGACCCCGGGGGCCGUCAGCCGCCUGACCACCGUCCUUGCGCUGGACCACUUCCGAGCCGGCGGCCCGGCAGCCGACCUGCUGGCCACCGUCCUGGGAGUCAUGUCGAUCUUGGGGAACCGGCUGACCGAGGCCGUGACCCAGGCAGCUGGCGCUCUGAUGAAGGCCGCCACCGGCACCGCCGACGGCGACCCGGCCCCGUAUGAGGCGGCCGCGGCGGCCCUGUGCGCCGCGCUCAACGAGGCGGUUGGGCCGGCACCGACCAAGCGCCAGCUGCUGCUGCAUGUGUCCCGCGCCGGCGGCCGGCGGACCUUCGUCCGGCUGCACAAGGUGUUCUGGUGA